UUAAGACCGUAUAUAUUUAGCUUCCAGUCCUUCCUAAUUCCCCGAAACAUCAUUUUUACUGCGCUUCCGCACGGAAUAAACGAAACCCAGCGGACAGAAAUGCUAGGAAUCGGCCUAAUGGACAUCGUAUACGGCGUAAUCUCCUCCUUCAUGUUCCCCGGCUUCGUAACGCUGGUCUCUUUCCUGGUCGCAUUCAAGUUCUCGGUGAACCUGCUCCUGAAAUUCCUCUACUUGAGACGACUGGUGCACAUCUGCAACUCGGACACUUACUACACCGGCGGUCGAUCCAGCCACAACCUCAUCAAAUUCGUCUUCUUCUUGAAAGACAAACCCGGCGACCACGACUUGGUGAAGAACAUAAAGGACGUCGUCCAGCAGAGGGUCCUCAACCACCCCGAUAAAUUCGCGAAACUAUCCUCCUCUUACCACUCGUUUUUAGGUUACCCGUACCUCCUGAAAGAAGACGUCACACCGGAGGAUGUAGUGAGCGUGGUGGACAUGGAAGAGAAAGAGUACAAGUCGGUGCAGGAGGUGCUGUACGCCUACAGCGACAAACCCAUGCCCAGGAACGACACGCUCCCGUGGCAGAUCCUGGUGCUGAAGGCGUCGGUGGAAUGGAGGAAGGACCACGACAUGGAACCCCACCGGACGCCGGUGUUCAUGAGGUUCCAGCACUUCGUGGCCGAUCCUCUGUCCACCACGAACUUCAUCUACCAGUCCUUGGGCGAGAACAACGCCACCGUCGACCAGAUUCUGAAGAUCACGUCGAAGAAGAGGCCCGGCGUGGGGCUGUCGCCGUGGAACUUGUUGAGGAAUUUCUACGUGCUGCAGUUGGUGCCAGGUUAUCUGCUGGUGGGGUUGGUGUUGAGGUUGUUGACGAACGGGGGUGGUCCUUACCCGUGCAAAAGCGGCAAGCAUAACGUGGGCUACAAGGCGCUGGAUCAAAGCGAUAGGUCCUUUAAAUAUAUGAAAUUAGUGAGGGAGAAACUCGGAGAAACUUACCUCACUGUGAUACUCACAGCAGUAGCUGGAAGCUUCCAUUCGUAUUUCCAAAAGCUCAACAAGAAAAUGCCCCAUUCGAUCAAUGUAACUAUAGGAGCAGUAGAAGAAAUGAAACCGAUGACUACCAACGGCGUUCCCCAGUUGUUCAAUCAAUUCAUUUUGAUGGAGGUUAAGUUACCGAUCAAAGCCAGAUCGGGGUCGCUGCUGAAGAAACUCCACACCAUCAAAAAGGACUCCAAUAAGUUGGUGGAAAACUCCAAUUUCAGGAUAAAGAAUUUCAUAUUCGAUAACCUUCUGCAAUUGGUGCCGAAUCCUUUCAAGAGAUUCCUGUUUCCGGUGACCGACACGUGGGCGUCGGUGACCAGCAUGCCGGACAUCCAAAAGGCGGUGUUGUUCAACGGCUACGAAGUGGAGGAGAGCUUCUUCUUCACCGCCGUGAAGGACCAAAUGGUGACCGGUUUCGGAAGUUACAACUACGAGAAACGGAUCCAGCUGAGUUUCAUGUCGGACGAAUCGUCGAUGCAAACGAAGGAGGAUUGCGAUGUGAUGGUGGAGGAGUUCUUCAAGAGCAUCGAGCAGCUGAAAGAUGAGGUAGUCAAGAAGAAAUGAAACUUAAGAGUAUUGUAUUGUUCUCGAUAAAUUGGUUAAAUUGAUCUUUGUAAAUGGGAAUGUUUUUAAUCUACUUGUGUGUUGUGUUACAUGUAGAGAUGUUUGUGUUUUAUGCCUUUAUCGGCUGUAUAAAUGCUUUUUAUGUGUAAAAAUUGUAGAUUUAAGUGGUUCUUUUUUUAAUAAAUUGCUAAUACUGAAU